AAUGAAACAAACAAAUACAUUUUUAGUGGAAAUUGUUACUUCUCAAGCGUAUGCUCCGUUUACAAGAUUUGCGAAAUCACGAUUUUUCGUAAUAAUUAACUCUUUAAAUUUCUUAGAAAUGUUUUGAUGUAUGAACAAUUCGUUGUUUAACUGUACAAUAAGAGUGUUUUAUAAAAUUUUUCGUGAAAAUGGAUGAAGAUCUUCUUGCCGAUGAUGGACAGUUCAAGGAUGACGGCCUAGAUGAACUUGAUCUUGAUGAGGAAGCUGCCCUUCUAGGUUUAAGUGAUGAAGAGAUUGAAGACAAAAGGAAUUUAAAUGAUGAUCCAGAUGUAGAAUAUUUUGAUGAAGAGGGAAAUCCUGUAGAGAUAGGUGAAAAUAAUGCUGACUUGUAUGAAGUUGCCAAUGUGCGGAAAUCUGACUCUGCAGAUGAAGAUAUAUUAGAUCUUAAUCUAGAUGAUGAACUCGACAGUUUUAUGCAAGAUGAUGUAGAUUCGUCACCAAUUGAGACUCCUAAAAAAGCUUAUGAGAAACAAAAAGGAAAUUUAAUUUCUCUUACUUCAAGAAAAGAGUUGGAAAAAGUGCACACAAUAAAAAGGAAAGAGUCCAUUUCUAGUCCUAAUAUAGAAAUUGAAACUACCAGUAAUACCAUCGCCUAUGUUAGCAAAAGUCUAACCUCAUCUCAACGUCUAGUUCCAGACUCAAAUGACGAAAUGGAAUUUGAUGAAGAAAGCGAAGAUGAGGAUGAUCACAGGGAACGCUUUAGAUCUGAAAGAAGUAAUAUAAUAACUUUGACUCCUGCUAAAAAGAGAACAGAUAUUCCUGACACUUUAGAUUCCGUCAUAAGUCAAGAAGAAACAGCUAAAGUUCAAGCAUUUCUAGAAAAUGAGCAAAAACGAAAAAUGCGCUUUAAAGGCAGGCCUUUACCUAGAAUGAAGAGUGCAACUUAUAGCCGCAACCCUCAACCUUUUAUGAACAAGCAGCAAAAUCAAGCACCACAAUAUUCUCCUCCAGAGCCUUCAGUUCCUCCUGUUUCUACGCAAUCACGUAAAAUUCUCAUAAAUCCUCAUUUCCGAGGAGUUCUUGUUCCCCCGACUUCUGGAGAAACUUCCAUGGCAUGUGAAAAUGCUCCAGCACCCAUUUCAAUGCCUUCAUAUGAUCAGCCUCCCCAGAAUUUAAUGCCCCCUGUGUAUUCUCAUCAGGAUAUGCAAUCCCCAAUGAAUGUUGCUCCACCGAUUUAUAGUUCUCCUCCUGCAAUGCAGUAUAAUCCUCCUGAUUAUCCUCCUCAGCCCCCUAUUAUUCAGCAGGCUCCGCCAUCACAUUCUCCUGUUGUAUGGCAAACACAACCACCACCAGAUAUGCCACCUCCUGUUUCAUAUUCUGCUCCACCUCCACCUGUUAUGAAUUAUGCAUCUCAACCUCCUCCUAGUUACCAGAACAAUUACAAUUCAAACAACUUUCAAAAUCCAAAUUUCCAAGCGCCUCCUCCUCCAGUUCCUAUUCCUCAAGGUGUUUCUUACAAUCAACCUCCACUACCUUUCCACAUGCAGCCACCAACAUAUACUUCUCCUCCAGUCAGCUCUGUACAAACGAGCAUCCCCCAUCCUGGAUAUCAUAACACCCAACCUAGUCAGGAACCGUAUCAUCAAAUGAAAAUGGCUCAGUCAGUUACUCCUCAUUAUCAGCAGAAUAUUUUUCCUCCAAAUCAGCAUUCACAACCACACCACCAAAAUACUUUACAUCAAAAUCGACCUCUGCAGCAAAAUCAACGACCAUUGCAACAAAACUUACGACCUUUACAGCAAAACCAACAGAUGCGUCAAAAUCAGUUUCAAAGGAAACAAAGUCUGCAGCAAAAUCAGCGUUUUCCACGACAAGGAGAAAAAAGGCCUUUAAAUUCUAAUAUUAAGGAAGUCCCAAUGAAAAUUGCUCGUACAGAUUCUAUACCUGCUAGAAAGAAUACUCGUAUGAUUAACUCGAAUAUCAAGGAAAUUCCAUUAGUUGAUACAAUGUCUUCUCUAAAACCUGCAACUUCCCAAUCAAAAGCUGUGGUUGAAGAAGAGGAUGAAGAAACCAAAGAAUUGCGAAUGAAAAUCGAAGAACAAAAAAGGCUUAGAGAACAAAUUUUGAAGCAGAAAGAAGAGCGUCGCAGACAGAUGGCUGCACAGAGACUUACGGAGUUGAAAAAAAGACAAGCCUCACAAAAUAAAAAUGUCAUAUCUCUAACUCAGACCAAAAUUGAGCCCUCUAAUCCUGUUCGACAACAGCCACAACCUGUUUUUCAACAAAAGCUAAGUGUGAAAGAAAGAAUUGGAGUGCCCCCGACUAAUGUGACACCAGUUGCUAAAAAGAAGAUUGUGGUGCUGAGGAAAAAGCCGGUUCAACCUGCUCCCACUGUAAAUGCUGCUGAACCAAAAAUGGCUGUUUUAAAGACACAGAAAACUGGUAAUGAGAAUGUACCUAUGCAAAACAAAGUCGCUGCUAAUAAACAGCUCAUCAAUAAUGUUCCCAAUCAAACGGCACCCAAGAAUGUAACACCAACAGCUGCUCCAAAGAAAAAAAUAAUUUCUCUAAAAAAAGUUACUGGAACGAAUAAACAAGAAAUCACACCCUCCCCUUCUUCAAAUACAAAUCAACAGAAAAGUGUUUCUAACCCUGUAAAACCCAACAUCAAGCAAACUCGCAAAGGUCCAAUUCAGUCACGUCUAGGAAAUAGACCUGGAUUUCAAAAGAAAGAAUUUAAAAAUCCCCGUGGACCUUUCCAACAAAGAUCUGGGCCACCACCACCUCUUCGAUUCCAAGGUCCUAGAGGGCCACAGUUCUCAACUCCUCCUUUUAUGGACCAACCAAGAAUGAGGGGUCCAGCUCCCGGGCCACCAAUGAAUGAAAUGAGAAUGCCUAUGCCACCAGCUCAUUCAUUCCAUGAACCGAGACCACCGCUUCUAGCCUUUAGGCCCCCUGGGGAGCGACCACAUUUUAAUCAGUUUAGAUUUGAAUCUAAUCGACCAUCAUUCCACCCCCAAAACCCAGGUGACAUGAACCGCCCACGAUUUCAUCCCCAAGAUAUGAACCAUCCUGAUUUUCAUGGUCCGCAACCAAAUGAACAUCAUCAGUUUGGUCCUCCUGGACAUUUUGAUCAUCCUAAUCAACAAUUUCACCCUGGACAUAGACCACAAAGACCUGGGUUUCAAAACUUCCGACCCAGAGGAAUGGACAUGUUUCCUCCUGAUCGCUUCCCGCCUCCCCACUUCCACAACCAAGUAAAUCAACCUAGACAGUUCUUUGAUUCAAAUAACCCAAUGCCUCACCGAGCACCAUUUUAUCAGGACUCUAAUCGAAAGCAAAGAUUUUCAAGGCCUAAUGCUGCUCAACAAAAGCAAAUGUCUACUCAGCGUGAAACUAAGCAACAGCCAAAACCAGUUGAACCCCCUAAAAAUGAAAAGUUGCCAGCAAAAAGCCCAGUGGCUGAUGAAACAAAUGCAAAUCAGAUAAAUCCAAAAUCUGGACCACAACCAGAAAACUCUUCAAGUGAUACUGUUUGUGUUGAAAAUUUAUCAUCCUCAACAGAUGUGGGACAGUUACGGAAAUUAUGCUCUGCAGUUGGAGUUGUGAAGAAUAUUAACUUAGUGAAAAAUGAAAGAAAAGCUGUUAUAAAAUUUAAAGAAGCACAACAAGCUCUGAGCUUUCAGAAGAAAUAUCAAAGAUACAUGCUGGACCUUGCUAUGAUUCAGGUGUCUCUACUCCCCUAAUUACUGAAGUUAUUUUGGUGAUUCUUAAAGUGAACUAUUCCAAAACUUGAAGAAAGAAGAUAUAAUUAGGACUUUUUUAUAUUAAUUGCUUGUUUUUUCUCAUAAUACAUUUUUUCGAAAAAUUGCUAUUAUUCAUAUAGCUUUAUUUAAGCUAUUUUACCUCCAAAUCAAAAGCAAUGUGGCUGAUAUAGUUUUUGUAGUUUUGUACAAUGCUAUUUGUAUUUUAGCUGUUUUGCAAACAGGUAAUGUGUUCAAAUAUAAAUGUAAGUGAAUUGUUGAGUUUCUAUGCAUUAAAGUAAAAAUGCAUGUUUUUAUUCAUUUGCCUGUGUCUGAAUUUUAUAUUUCAUGAUUCUGAAAAUUUUGAAAACUCAUCCUUGUUACUUCUGUAGUUUAUUAUUGUAAUCAUACAAGCAAAUUUCUUUUUAAAAGAAAUCUUUGAUUUUUUUUAAAUCAUUUAAACAUUUUUUUUAAUUAAUCUUAAGCUGUUGUGUAUGAAGAAAAAAUUUUGUAUUUUAUCUUUAUUGCUUUUCUGUCUGUCCUUACAUCAGCUUUUAGAUUUUCAGUUUGCGAGGGAUGAAUCAGUGUAUAAAAUUAUAUAUUUAACAAAUGCUGACAAAAAAAAUUCUAUCACAUUUUUACUUGGAUUUUUUUUUUAAUUUGUUCAGUCAUUCUCUUUUGUUGAGUGCAUUUAACGUGUAGCUAAUCUAUUUCUUCAUUGAAAGACUCAUUUAAACCUAAUAAGAAGCAUUUUUUGCUUUUUUUUCUGGGAGAAGACUAUCGGGAUAUUUUAUGCAAUCCGUUUGUGUUAGCCGAUAGAUUUUUCUUUUUAUAAAUGUUUUGUAUUCAGUUUGUAAUUUAUUUUUCCAGUAAGUGAUCACCUAUGUUAGUUUUUAUUUUUAAAAAAAAAUAAUAUAUGUAACAAGCAAAUUUUCUUGAAUUAUUCAUUUUCUUCCUCCAUAGUUUUUUUCUUCUUUUCAAAAUGUUACCGAAUUUUAACAUAAUUAACAUCCUCUGAGUGCUUUUGCAGAUACAUCAUUUAUCUGAACAUCAGUAUACAUCAUUUCUUGCUAUUUGACAUAAUGCAUAAAGCUGUUUUGCUGACAGUUUCCUUAUUUAUUAAUCCAAAGAAAGUGGUUCUUUGCAUAAAGGAAAGACAAUUAAAUAAUGGAAUGUAUGUUAGCUAAAAUAUUGUGAUUCAAUAGUGCUCACAAUACUAUAUAUUAUUUUUUGCACUUUAAGUUAGUUUUAUCUUUCUGGUUCUUUUUCAUUGGUCUUGUUUUAUUUUUUUAUGGUUAUUUUUUCUUGAGAUAUUAUUAUUAAACUUUCAUGUUCUGUAAAAUUUAAGAUUUCUUACUUGGUGUCUUUACACUGGUAAAUUCACUUUACUCAGUUUCUAUUAAAAUUCAAUUGAGUGAAAACAAUUUUUUGUAAUUGAUUGUAAUUUUUUUAUUAUUAUUAAAAAGACCACGUUCAUACUUUUGUACUAUCGGAUAAUAAUUAGCUACUAUAUGAAUUAAAUUCCAUUUCUUUUACCAAUAUAGGGAAAUGUAGCAUUUAAUUUAGGUAGAUUUGAUCUGAUUCUUCAGUUAUUUAUUUUUGCAGCUAAUUUUGUACUUAUUCAAAAUUUUAAUUUGACUUCUCCUUCAUUUGUGAACAGUGUUGAUUGAGAACAGUGAAAUUCUGUUUUCUUUGUGCAAAAUAUUUUUAAUAGUGAUUGUUAAUUCUGUCUGCUUUUUAUUUAAGCCUAUUUUUCUUUCUAUUCAUUUUCAGUUCUGAUUCAUUUGUUUGUCAGUCUAUAUUAAACUGAUAAAUUUCUCUUUGGUGGUUUUGGAAAAGUUAAAAUUUUAGGGCUUCUAAAUUAUCUUCAUAGUGAUUGUAAAUUUUCUUUUAGAUUUUGUUUCUUUUUUCGUCCAUGUUGAUAAGUUCAAAGAGUUUUAACUGGGUUAUUUUAUUUAAUUUAAAUAAAGUAUUACUAAUUUGCUAGUUGACUCUUAAAAAUUUAAGUUUUAAAUUACUUAGCUGUUUAUUUUCUAUUUAUUUUUUUUAAAAAGAGAGAUAUAUUGUCAAUUUAUUUAAAACUGUGCAUUCGACGAUCAUUUUUCUAAAAUAUUUACAAUUAUAUGCAGUUUACCUGCAACAUCGCAAAUUAAUUCAUCUUUGACUUAUACUAUUUAAAAAAUGUAUCAACUUUGAAUAUACAUUGUCAUUUCUUCAGUCACAUUGCUUUCUAUUAUCAUGGAAUGUUGAAUUCCCAUGAAUGUGUUCUAUUUAAUUUAAUUGAUGUUAUAAUAUAGCCUUUCCUUAUGUUAUUACUAUAUUAUAUUUUAUUUUGUAUGAAAUGAUAAAUGUAACAAAAAUUUCAAUCGACUUUUGUUUUGUGAAUUUAAAUGCAUCUAAGAUGAAGCUCUGAAUAGUUGUAUUCUGAUUCAAAAAUUAAAGAAUUAUAGAAAUA